GAAGAAUGACUGAAUAGGGCCAUCAUUCCGUCACUGCAGCACCAACAGGUUAAAGAUAAAUCCCACGCAGAGUUGCGAGGCUGGUACUAUCUUUCCUCACAAGCUUUGUGAACCCACUUGUGGCGCACACAAGUUAAGGAUACGCAUCCAACUCUUGGGUUGCUUGCCUUGCCUUUCCUUCUGUUGCUGUUUAUCCUGUUUGGCCGUUCACGCUUUGUACCCCAAUAAUAGUCUAUCCCCAGCGUCGGGACUUUCCCUAUGUUCAUAACUCCAAACCAUGUCAGACUGGUCUCAUCUUGUUAUCCUGCUUCAGCGCUGGCAGCUGGGCCGGAUUUUAAACCCAACCCCCAGGAGUUAUCGAGGCUUACAUACUAUGGGACCAAUCGGCCUGGAAAACUUACAAAACUAGGCGCUGAGCUUGAGAAAAGAGCGCAAGCACAUUCUCGUCGAGCCGCAACUGGGAAUUUGAAGUCAAGAGCCAUUCUGCUAAUUACCCUUGCCAUUUUGAAAGCCCUAUGUGCGGAAUGCCGAAAUGAUAUAUCACUUUUCUCCCGUUCCGUGCUGAACUCGGUGGAUUUUGCGUUAACUGCUCUCCCGGCGGAUCUAGAACUUAUCUCGCGAGCAGCAUCAGUUUUCACUGCUUUCACAACAUACACAGACGGCAGGGCUAUAGGAGUCGAUGAACCGUUGUCCAAGAGUUAUUCCGUGUGCCUACUUAAAUUUGCAUCUACCGCUACAUGGAGGGGGAAAAACACGGAUUCUGAGUUUAAAAACAGAAUGCGACUGGUUGGCCUUGCUGCGCUCUCCGGCGCGAUCAGUUCGGACGCUUUGCAUAGCUCGAUAGAGAGUACUAAAGCUCAAGUGGCUAUCAUUGUUCCGGCACUCCUCCAAAACACUCAGGAAGCGGGUCUGGGACUAUUAAAGGAGCAGGAGGCUUCAAUUGAAAUUUCAAAAUCAUCAUCAUCACCGUACUUGUACGAGUUUCAGCCUCAGCGUCCGCUUCAUCAGCGAAGAGCUGCUUCGAUACACAUUCAUAUCGAUGGAGAAACAGGUCCUACCUUCGCUGACGUAAUUUACGCUGUGUUAUGGGCCGCCAAAACCUUACUCGGGCGAUCUGAUGGACCACAGGUUGGCUCUUUCAUUCACGCAUUAUUUGCGAAUCUCGAUGCAACAAAUAAGUGGAGUGACACGGAAUUUUGCUGCUGGAUGGCUCUUAGAGUGACUGAUUGGACACAGUAUCAGCACCGAUACGCAGUACCCGUUCAACUUAUUGCCAGGCUUGUCAACGUCGAGGAUGUCAACGCCAGGGAGUCAGGACGAGGGCCCUCGUUUGGAAACGUCCUACCUAACACUCUCGUGGCAAUGAUUGCAACUGUGUUUUCUGCAAGAACACCGAUAGCGAACUUGUCCACUUCGGAUGUGCUGACUAAUUUGCUUGGGGUGUUGCUCAGCAGAGUGACCAAUAAUGCACAAGAUUCUCUACUCGCGUCACUAGUUGCGUGUAUAUCAGCACUUGGAACUCACCUGUACUACGCCGAUCAAAUACACGAUCUGGCUGAAGAGCUGAUCCGACGCCUCAUAUCACUUCAGUUGGAUGCAAAAAUUGAAAGUGACUUUACACGGCAAGAAGGACUACGCUGCCUCAUAGCUUGCUUAUCCGGUCUCAUAAGAAUUGCGACGUCGAGGAACGAAACACACGAACCAUCAGCAGUAGCCGAUCCCGCCGAUGAUCACAGUGAUGUGCAAAACGAGAGGGAAAGCCUCCCGAAGCGCGCAGGAACCGUUCACUCCGGCAUUGGCAGGCGCCACAAUCCAAUUGCUCCAGAUGUAUGGCAAGACACGCUCGCUCUCUUGUGCGAAGCCAAUUACGGAGUUCGUGCAGAUUAUACUCGAGCUCUGACGGUUUUCAUUAAGUCUGAGAUUCCACGCGAACGUCGACGGGACCACGUGCAGAGACUCCCUCGACCUACACCCUUGGUACUUGACACAAGCAUGCCUGAUGAGACUACAAGGUUCCUCCACGCUCUGCAUGCCUCUGCAUAUGCUCUUGCUACCUCACCUUCGCUCGGUAUAUCGCCUUCGAGCACUGUCGCAACCGAUUCGGAAAAUCCAUCCAAGAGUACGAGAUUGGUAUAUUCGGAACCGCCUACGGCUACAACUGCAAGCACAACAGACACAGUGCGUGUUAAUGUUAUCAAUUCGACGCCCGUUGGUACUCCGGUAGUUGAAUCGUUUCCCGUUGAGGUCGAGCCGGCACGCAAAGCGUCACAUGGCGAGGCAAAGAGGGGCUCGAGUCGAUCAAGGACAUCCUCAUUGCCUUUGUCUCUUCUUGAGCCCAUUUCCACCUCCUUCGUUGCUCCAUCGACGUGUUCGGCAAAUAUCAGCGAUUAUUCUCACCUUGUCACAAUCUUGUCGGCUGCCUAUGAUAGAACUCCAUUCAAGGCAUUGAUGUGCGGAGUGCCCAUGCUCUUCGCGCUAGAUGAAGCAACAUGUACUGCGAUUCCAAAGGGCGAUAAGCAAAUGCUUGUGAGAAGACGAGCAUUGCGCGAGGCUCUUGCACGGAUUUGGGACGCCAUUGGUUCGACACUUGAUAGUCAAGAGAUCAAGGAUCUCGCAGCAACUGCAUUAUCCACCUUGCCAGCGCCAUCCCUGCUCUCAAUAUCUGAGUCCACAUAUGUGCGGUUUCCGCAAGCACCGGAAGAACCUAUUGUGUGUGAGAAUUUGAAGGAAUUGCCAUCAGAAGACUGGUGUUCAGAAUUGCCGAGAUUGGUUGAUCCUCAACUUGCCACCGCUGCACUCUCAUCGAACGCUGUACUUAAGCAAACCGCCGGGGUCGAGUCACAGGUCAUUUCGCGACGACUGAGCGUACAAUGGAGCGUUGGGUUCGCUUUGGGUUGUGCCACUCGAGACGCAUCUGCGCUGGAAACGGGGUUCCGCAUCGACGGAGGCAUGCCGUUCCUCAAACUUUCGCCGGGGCUGAUGCAUAUAGACAAUAAAUCUUUGCAAAGCCUUGCCCGCAGUGCCCGACAUGUUGGCGUAGGCGAUUUGAAGGAAGCUCUGGAAGGACGUGCGACCCCGAAUAGGUCUGUUACGGCACUUGGAUAUCCUCCAUCCAUGUCCUCUCUAGGUCAUCAAUCAACAACGGAGGCCAGCGAACAGGGAUUCCGCCAGAGGGUUACGGGUGGAAUCAGAGCCUCAAAUGGGGAAGUCAAAGAUAUCCUUAACAAAUUAGGUAUCGGUAAGGGCUCUGCUAGUAGAGCAAAGGCCGUUUUCAAGUCACCGUUACAACCUAAGCGCCGGUCAACUGAAACAUCUCAAAAUGCUCCGACCUUGUAAUUUUACAGGGGAAUCUUAUUGCUUCAUGGAUUUUGACGUCUAGCGAUACUCCCACGGUCAUUUGUGGAUCUUUGGUUUUUUCCUUGGACUUUUUUUUUCUGCGUGCAAUAAGUGGCAUUCAUCUCAAUCUUCUAUCAAUCUAUCACAUGCUGUUAUGUAUUUACUUCCGAGUUGAUGCUAAUCGUCGUUGUGCUUGCUCUU